GCUCGCAAAACGCGGCGAGCGGAACCCGCACGCGGAAGCGCCCGUCGCACUGAGCAUGCCCAGUGGCACAGUCGACCAGAGGAGUUUUUUUUUUCUUUUUCUUUUUCUUUUCUUUCUUCUUUUUCUCCCCCUCUUUCUUCUUUUUCUUUUUUCGGGGUCUCCCGCAGGAGGCCUGUCCCCCACCCUCACUUCAGACCCCUGCCGUCCCCGAGCCUGAGCAGAGCUAACCAUGGCCGAGGUGUCCGGCGCCGCGUUGUCCCAGGCGGGUUGGUAUCUUUCAGAUGAAGGCAUUGAAGCUUGUACAAGCUCUCCUGGGAAAGUCAGUAUAAAUGACAUCAUCCUGAUUGCUCUCAAUACAGAUUUGAGAACAAUUGGCAAGAAGUUCCUUCCCAGUGACAUCAACGGUGGAAAGGUAGAAAAGCUUGAAGGUCCAUGUGUUUUACAAAUUCAGAAGAUCCGCAAUGUUGCUGCGCCAAAGGAUAACGAGGAAUCGCAAGCUGCGCCCAGGGUGCUCCGUGUGCAGAUGACGGAUGGGCAUACAAGUUGUACGGCGGUAGAAUUCAGUUACAUUUCAAAAAUAAGCCUGAACACACCGCCUGGCACAAAAGUGAAGCUCUCUGGCACUGUGGACAUAAAGAACGGAUUCCUGCUCUUAAGUGACUCUAACACCACAGUUCUUGGUGGUGAAGUGGAACACCUAAUUGACAAGUGGGCUUUACAGAGAAGCUUGUUAAAACAUAAUAGAAGCAAUAUUGGAGCUGAAGGUGGCCCACCUCCUUUUCUACCUUUUGGACAGAAGUGUGCAUCUAACGUCCAAGUGGAUAGCAGAGAGCUUGAUCGAAGAAAGACAUUACAAGUUUCCCUGCCUGCCAAGUCUGCAAAUGAUAAUGAUGAAUUUGAAAAGCAAAGAACUGCUGCCAUUGCAGAGGUUGCAAAGAGCAAAGAAACCAAGACAUUUGGAGGAGGUGGAGGUGGUGCCAGAAGUAAUCUCAAUAUUGGUGCUGCCAGUCACCGAAAUAGGGAGGUUUUACAGAAGGAAAAGGCUUCCAAGUCAGAGGGCAAAAAUGAAGGUGUCUAUAGAGAACUGGUUGAUGAGAAAGCCCUGAAACACAUAACGGAAAUGGGCUUCAGUAAGGAGGCCUCGAGGCAAGCGCUGAUGGAUAAUGCCAACAACUUGGAAGCAGCACUGAAUGUCCUUCUGAACAGCAGCAAACAGAGACCCGUCGUGGGCCCUCCUCCUAGAGGAAGAGGGAAAGGCAGGGGUCGAGGACGAUCAGAAGACGAGGAAGACCUGGGAACUGCAAGACCGUCAGCACCAAGCACAUUAUUUGAUUUCUUGGAGUCUAAAAUGGGAACUCUGAAUGUGGAAGAACCUAAGUCACAGCCACAGCACCUUCAUCAAGGACAGCACAGAGUAUGGAAUACCGAGCAAAAUGGGAUGAAGGACGGCAGUCAGUCAAGACAUCUUCCUCGAAAUGAUACCAGGCAGCCAAGAAAUGAGAGGCCGCCUCGCUUUCAAAAAGACACCCCCAGUUCCAAGUCAACCGUAGAGAACAGCGUAUUAUCUAGGAAUAGAGGCUCCGAGAGACCGAGUAGCUCUUCAGGUUCUGAUGUGUGGGCAGAAGAGAGGAUCAAGUGUGAUAGGCCCUAUUCUAGGUAUGACAGAACUAAAGACGCUUCGUAUCCUCUAGGUUUUCAGCACAAUGAUGGUGCUUUUAAAAAGAGAGAUAACUCUAUGCAAAACAGGUCAGGAAGAGGCCCUUUGUAUGCAGAGUCAAAAGAAAACCCACUUCCUCCAGAAUUCGUAGAUUAUAAUAAUCAAAAACGUGGGAAAAGAGAAAACCAAACAGGUCAUCCUGAUCAUUGUUAUGACAGGAAACCACGGACAAUGAAUAGUGAAGCGUUUAGUGGUCUAAAAAUUGAAAAACAUUUUAGUGUAAAUACUGAUUACCAGAAUCCUGUCCAAAGCAAUAGUUUUGUUGGUGUUCCAAAUGGAGAGACAGCUCUGCCUCUAAAAGGAAGACGCGUAGGACCGAUUAAGCCAGCAGGACCUGUCACAGCUGUGCCCUAUGAUGAUAAAAUAUUUUAUAAUAGUGGGCCCAAAAGAAGAUCUGGGCCAAUUAAGCCUGAAAAGGUGAUAGAAUCAUCUAUUCCUGUGGAGUAUGCAAAAGUGUGGAAACCUGGAGAUGAAUGUUUUGCACUUUAUUGGGAAGACAACAAGUUUUACCGAGCAGAAGUUGAAGCCUUGCAUUCUUCGGGUAUGACGGCGGUCGUUAAGUUCACGGACUACGGAAACUAUGAAGAGGUGCUGCUAAGCAAUAUCAAGCCUGUUCAGACAGAGGCAUGGGAAGAAGAAGGCACCUAUGAUCACACCAUUGAGUUCCGCAGAGGAGGUGAUGGACAGCCACGAAGGUCUACUCGGCCAACACAGCAGUUUUACCAGCCUCCUCGGGCUCGGAACUAAUGUGAAAGGGCUUUCGUGAAGGAGGAGCCACUGACUGAAACACCCAGGGAGCCCACUGACAGAUUGCCCACUGCUUCCGAGCAAGACUCACCGGGCUGGAUAUGAUUUUUGGAGAAAGAAAGAAAAGGCAGAUUUUAGGGAAACAAUUCAACUUACACAAGGCAAGGGGGGAAAUACUGAGUUCAAUAAGCAAAUAUCGUUACAAGUGGAAAACUUUUCUUCUGCCAUCAAUAAAAGCAUUGCAUUGUUAUAUA